AUGGCUGCUCGUCGUCGAGUACGAAACCUGGAAGAUUUGAACGAAAAUAACAAUGAGAGGGGCUGCAUGUUUGAGCAAUUUAAUCGCACUCAUCUACCCACCAUUGAUGGAAGAGGCGACUCCAACGCAGCUGAGGAUUGGAUUCAGGACAUCGAAGAGAUAUUCAAUGUUUUGGAGUGCACUGAUCAACAAAAAGUUCGAUUUGCAGCUUUUAAAUGGAUUGGAGAAGCGAAGAGAUGGUGGAAUUCUGAGAAAGCCAUCAGAGAAGCUGAUGCAACUGGAGUAGUGAGCUGGCCUCGCUUUAAGCAAAACUUCUUCGACCGCUUCUUUUCGAAAGCAGUCCAAAAAGCUAGAGGCCGAGAGUUUACUAACUUGGUGCAAGGGACCAUGACGGUACGGCAGAAUGCUGCAAAAUUUGCAAAGUUAUAA